GCUCUAAGAGGCAUCAUGGAUUGGAAUCAGAUACCACUCACUACCAUGACUAUAUACAAAUCCUCUCAAUCCUAAUCCAACCCAACCCACAUGCUUACUUCCUCAUUUUCAAAUUGGGGUUUCACACGUUUGCACCUCCAAUGAACUAAACUAUUCAAAAACUCUGCCGUCCCUACAAAGCCACCCAGUUGAGCAGUGUAAGACCCACCAACCAAAUGCUCCAAUUUCAAUCUGUUGAUCCUCAAAGAAACCUGGUUUUUCAUUGUUACAAGCUGGGUGACAUGAAUUUCGGUCAAGUGGGAACCCUGGGUUUCAGAGGUGACAAGUUGAGUAGCAUGGGUUUAGGGUUUUGCAGUUGUCAGUUACAGUUGGGCAGUUUGAGGCCCAGAAAUUUGGGAAAUAGAUUUAUGUCUGGUGACCAGGUGAAAACCAUGGGAUUGGAGGGUUACAAGCAUGGUGGUGUUGAAUUAGGGGUCUAUAGGUGGAGUAGGAGUGGAAGCUGUGUUGUGAGGCCUAGAUCAGUGCUGAGUGUGGAUGAAGUGGUAGAGAGGGAAGGGAAUGGAAGAACAGGAGGGGAAAAGCAAUACGAUGCCAUUGUUAUCGGGUCGGGAAUUGGAGGGUUGGUUGCGGCAACACAGCUGGCAGUGAAGGGAGCUAGGGUGUUGGUGCUGGAGAAGUAUGUGAUUCCUGGUGGGAGCUCUGGGUUCUACCAGAGAGAUGGGUAUACGUUUGAUGUUGGGUCUUCUGUGAUGUUUGGUUUCAGCGAUAAGGGAAAUUUAAAUUUAAUAACCCAAGCAUUGGCAGCAGUUGGAUGUAAGAUGCAGGUGAUACCUGAUCCAACUACUGUCCAUUUCCAUUUACCCAGUAACCUUUCGGUCCGAGUACAUAGACAAUACGGUGAAUUCAUUGCAGAACUUACCAAGAAUUUUCCCCAUGAAAAGGAAGGGAUCCUCAAAUUCUACAAUGAAUGUUGGAAGAUCUUCAAUGCCCUAAACUCAUUGGAAUUGAAGUCACUUGAGGAGCCAAUCUACCUUUUCGGACAGUUCUUUCAGAAGCCUCUUGAAUGCUUGACACUUGCCUAUUAUUUGCCCCAAAAUGCUGGAGACAUAGCCCGCAAGUACAUAAAGGAUCCCCAGCUGUUAUCUUUCAUAGAUGCUGAGUGUUUUAUAGUGAGCACAGUUAAUGCUUUGCAGACACCAAUGAUCAAUGCGAGCAUGGUUCUAUGUGAUAGGCAUUUUGGGGGAAUUAACUACCCUGUUGGUGGUGUUGGUGGAAUUGCUAAGUCCUUGGCAAAAGGUCUAGUUGAAAAUGGCAGUGAAAUACUUUAUAAGGCAAAUGUGACUAGCAUUAUAUUGGUGCAGGGAAAGGCCGUGGGAGUGAAGCUUUCAGAUGGAAGGGAGUUCUUUGCCAAAACCAUAGUAUCUAAUGCUACUAGAUGGGAUACAUUUGGAAAGCUUUUAAAGGGUGAAGAACUUCCAAAAGAAGAGGUGAACUUUCAAAAGGUCUAUGUUAAGGCCCCAUCAUUUCUUUCCAUUCACAUGGGGGUUAAAGCUGAGGUUUUGCCACCUGAUACAGAUUGCCACCAUUUUGUUCUUGAGAAUGACUGGACAAGGUUAGAGGAGCCAUAUGGAAGCAUAUUUUUGAGCAUUCCAACUAUGCUUGAUGCAUCAUUGGCUCCAGAAGGUCGCCAUAUUCUUCAUAUUUUUACAACUUCUCCCAUAGAGGACUGGAAGGGACUCCCUCUAAAAGACUAUGAGGCAAAGAAGGAACUUGUGGCAGAUGAAAUCAUAAGCAGAUUGGAAAAAAAACUAUUUCCAGGGCUCAAAUCAUCCAUUGUUUUUAAGGAGGUAGGGACACCAAAAACACACAGGCGUUAUCUUGCUCGAGAUAAUGGCACAUAUGGACCAAUGCCUCGCAGAACACCUAAGGGAUUAUUGGGAAUGCCAUUCAAUACAACUGCUAUACAUGGUCUCUACUGUGUUGGGGAUAGCUGCUUUCCAGGACAAGGUGUUAUAGCUGUAGCCUUUUCAGGUGUAAUGUGUGCACACCGAGUGGCUGCAGAUAUUGGGCUUGAGAAGAAGUCCCCAGUGCUGGAUGCUGCCCUUCUUCGACUACUUGGUUGGUUAAGGACAUUGGCAUAGGAUAUUUUGUUAAUAUAUAUGGAUAUUAGAUUCAGCAUGACCAGCUGGCAGGAAAGCAUUGUUUGCUGAUGAAGAGCAAUGAUCUACAGCAAGUCUAAAAAUGAAGAUAUGCUCCCAACUUUUUCUUUGGUGGGUUGGCUUGCUUUUCUGACCUGAAGGAGGUAUUUUAUAACACUGGGAUCUAAUCAAUUCCAGAUCAUUGAACAACCAUCUUUCAUGAUUCUUGUCUAGACUCCUUGGAUGUAACUGUGUAAACCAAAGAGGUCCUUUGUAAAGUGGUUUUGUUAUAUUUAAUUGAGAAUUCUUGUUUAAUUUAGUUGCUGAUUACCAGUGUUAGCUGUAUACAGGAUGGUUGCUGUAGUAAUAUAUUUCCAUCAAUAGCCAAAUUCAGUUAAAUUAA